GCAAGGUUGCUGCUGCAACAGCCAUCCUGCAGCAGCAACAGUAGCAGCUUCUAUUUAAUAAGAGUUGAAACCAGAUUCAAUCACGAGGUCAUCCUUCAGAAGACUUCCAUGUUGCUUGAGCUCUGUGAUUUAAACAAAUCGCAGUUAUUGCAUCAAAGACUGUACAAAUUAGUUGUGGUGCCAGUGAGCUGUAGAUUCGAUGCGAUGUUGUUAGUAGGUUGUAAAACCAGUGUUUGAGGAGUGGCACCGUGUGCCCAGGUGACUGCUUCAGACCACUGAAGAGGCAUCACAGAUGGCCCUGCAGGCGUUCCCGUUGAUGCUGGUGUGAGGUCCGUACAGCUGGUAACCUUCAGUGAGGGUCGUCAGCAAGCAGAACCACCAGUAAGCCUCCAGUAUUACUCUCUGUAUUCGAGAUAUCUACGCCAAGCUCCGGGAGGGCGGAAUCUGCCCUAACUGCAGGAUGCCGUUCGACAAGGGCAAGAAGAGGAAGUUAAUCGACCAGUGUGGCCAUGAGAGGUGCUACUCCUGUCUCUUCAAGUCAGAGACGUGUCCCAUAUGUGCCCUCCAAGCUCCUCCCAAGAAGCUGCAGCACUCGCAGUCUCGCUCUUCCCUCUCACCGCCAGCGCCAGGAGGAACUGGACGAUCCAAGCUCCUCACAAAUGGCACCUUUACAUCGUACUUCAAAGGAGUGGGAGAUCCUGGUCUUCCUCCCGAGCGUCCCUCCCCAUCUCGCUCAGUAUCUCCUCGUCGGAAUACCCACGUAUCCCAAGCCCAUACCCUGAGUCCUCUUUAUGCCUCAUCCUCUCCUAUUGGUGUGACUCAUGGGACAUUCACACCAUCACAAAACUUCAUAUGCUCUCCUGUGGGUGGGUCUGGGAGAGAGACAUCCUAUGGUACACCACCCACAAUCUCCCGCCUGACACCCUUACCUGCUCCUCCAAAGAGUGUGGGUGGGACUCCUGCGAGUGCCCGGCGGCGGGGGGGUGUCAGUCCUCGUGGCCCCCCCCUAUCCCCAUGGUCAAGACGUGUUCCACGCCCUAACACCGUCAACGUGGAUUCCUCACAACACCUAACAGCUCUCCUCUCCUCGGCCGAUAAGAAGAGUUCCAAAAAUAUAAGUCUAGCUCGAAGGAUAAAAUCUCUUUGGAGUAUAGAUGAUGAAUGUGAUGGUGAUACAGAAGCUACAAGUGGAGGAAGUGGUGAGGCAGCUGAGGCCAAGGAUGGUGAAGAUCUGUACAUGCGUCUUGGACUUCUGCUGGGGGAAGGAGCUACUCCGCCAACCUCUGCUUCCAGACCUCCCAGAGCUGCCUCCUCUCAUACCUCUUUCAGCUCACUCUCAGCAUCUUCAGAAGUCAACACCACAGCCUCAAAUAAUACCAGUCCAGUUUCAACUUUAAAUGGUUCCUCAGAAGCUGAGCUCAGGCUUCCAGGUGGUAGGGAUCCAUCAGUUGAGAGCAUGAACUCCUUUAUAUCUCAUGGAGCAGUGUCAUCCAAUGCCUCUGCCUCUCCUACCACUACACCACGAAGACACUCGGUUACAACAUCACAGCCAGGCCAAGUGGAAGAGUUAAGUUUAUUUGGAAGGCGAAGAUCCUCUGUCAGACGCUCAGCACGUAAUGCACAUGUGAAAGGCCCGAUAGACCCCAAAGUGCGAUUUGCCAGUUACCGUGGUGCACAGCUGAGCUUACGACCACUAUUCUUUGAAGUGCCACAGCAGGACCCAGAUCCACUAUUUGUUGGCCGUGCCUGGCUUUAUAGAGAGAUUGAAGCCCACCUUACUGCUGAGGCCCCAACGAACAGAGGUGUCAUCAUUAUUGGCAGUGUAGGUGCUGGGAAAACUGCUGCUAUUCUCCAGCUGGUCGAGUACAGUUGCUUUGGCCGCAAGAGGGAUGAAUCUAUAUAUCAAGAGCCAUACAGUAAAAAUGGCGGAUCAUUGUAUGGCCGUAUGAGUUUGAUACCAGAAGGUGUCAAGUCGUUGGCAUCUAGAGUUGUUGCUUAUCAUUUCUGCCAAGCUGAAAAUUCAGUAACUUGUCUUGUUCCUGACUUUGUUCACUCCAUUGCUGCUCAACUCUGCCAGGCGCCACAGCUUCAUGCCUACCGCGACCUGUUAUUGGCCGAGCCUCAGACACAAGGACUGUUGGCAUUGCCGGCUUGUGUGAGCGAUCCAUCAACAGCACUGGUGAAAGGUAUCCUAGAGCCCCUCCAUAAUCUUCGACGCCUAGGUAAAGUUGGGGCAGAUCCACUCAUAAUUGUGGUAGAUGGCAUAUGUGAGGCUGAGUACCAUCGUCCAGACCAUGCGGAUACACUCGCUUCAUUCCUUGCCCGUCAUGCUGUUAAAUUACCUUCUUUCAUCAAAUUGGUAGUUAGUGUUCGAACACAGUUAGUUGACCUGACACGCCUUCUGCCUUUCCAUCAAAUCUCGCUUGAUCCAGAUCAGCGUGCUGACCCUGCUGCUGAUCUUGCUGCCCGUGAUCUCUGUGAUUACGUAGGUUUUCGUUGUAUGCAUUCUCCUACUAUAAGAUCAAAUAUUACAGUCACACAGGGGAAGAUAGAAGGAGGCUCCUCUCAGCACCGCUUUACCCAGUAUGUGGCCUCACAGAGUAAAGGCUCAAUGUUGUACAUCAAGCUCAUCUUAGACUUAGUAGAAAGAGGCCAUCUUGUCAUGAAAUCUGGUUCAUUUAAGGUUCUCCCACAGUCUCUAAAUGAAAUUUUUCUUCUCUUGUUUAAUCUUCGAUUCCCCAGUGUUAGAAGCUUUGAAAAGGUUCAGCCUGUUCUGAAUGUGGUUUUAGCAUCACUUAACCCACUUACACUCCCAGAAAUUUAUCAUUCUGUUAAUGCUGGACUCCUCUACAAGUUCCUGUCCUGGGAGGAAUUUCUCAACUGUUUCAAAGUACUUAAUUCUUUCUUGGUGAAACGACUAGAUGACACAUACAUGCUGUUCCAUCCAGCACUUCGUGAAUGGUUAGCAAGACGUGUUGAAGGAGAAUCUGCUAAAUUUGUUUGCGACACAAGAGCUGGUCAUGCUAACUUGGCUCUUCGCAUGUCUCGUCUUGAGUGGCCAUUGGAUCCCGAAGCUUCUUUAGAAUUAGGCCACCACAUACUGAAAGCACAUGUCUACAAAAACAUGGCACGAGCUCUUCCUCUAUCACCCCGUGAUCUGCAGGCACUGUGGCUUGCACAGUCUUCACAUAACGUAUCGCAGGCACUCGCAUGCACCAGAAAUCUCUACAGUCCUAAUACCAAGGUUUCAAGACUGUUGCUCCUUGCGGGUGCUUCACCAGACUACCCAAGUGAACAUCUGCACAACUCUCCCAUCUUAGGAGUAUGUGCUCAUCAAGGUCACACAGAGAUGGUAGCACUUCUCAUCGAGUUUGGUGCAGAUGUAAAUCAGACAAAUAGUGAAGGUGUAACAGCAUUGGGUCUGGUAUCUGCACAAGGUCAUUGUGAUGUAGUGAGACUCUUGGUUCAGGCUGGAGCUUCACUCACAUCAAAAGACCGACAAAAUCACACCCCAAUGGUCCAAGCAGCUGCUGCCGGUCACCUCAAUGUGGUUGGUUACCUACUAUCCUGUGAUUGGCCUGGACCAAAUGAUCUGUUGCGGAAUCAGUCCCACCAGGCCCUUGUUGCUGCUGCUUCCAGUGGACACAGCAAUGUUGUAGAGUUCCUUUUAGAUAUGGCAGAAGUUAGUGUUGAUGGUGAAGACAAUGUGACUGGAGAAACAGCUCUCACAGUUGCUGCUGGUGCAGGACACACAGCAAUGGUAGCAGCCUUACUUAGGGCUGGAGCAUGUAUAACCAAAGUCAACUCACGUGGUGCUUCACCGCUCACCUGUGCUGUGCGCAAUGGUCACUACGAGGUGGCUAAAUUGCUCCUGAGCCAAGGUGUUGCUGUAGAGAGCCCAGAUGCUGCUGGCCGGACUCCCCUCAUGGUAGCUGCUGCUGAAGGACAUCUGGGGCUUAUGGAAUUGUUAAUCUCACGUGGUGCCUCCAUAGCUCGAACAGACAGAGAAGGCCUCUCUCCAUUGGGCUGGGCUUGCCUACGUGGCCAUGUUCAUGCCGUCCAAUAUCUAGCUGACUGUAGUGCAGACUUGAAUCAUGCAGACAAGUCUGGCCGUACACCACUUGAUCUUGCUGCCUAUCAGGGUGAUCCCAUUGUGGUACAGUUUCUACUUGAUAGAGGAUCACUAAUAGAGCAUGUGGAUAUCAAUGGCAUGAGACCCCUUGACCGUGCAAUUAGUGCCCGCAAUGCCGCAGCCGUGCAGUGCUUCCUGCGACGCGGUGCCAAGCUGGGCCCUGCCACUUGGGCAAUGGCUGCAGGAAAGCCAAAUAUCUUGGUAAUGUUACUCAACAAGCUGCAGGAGGAUGGAGUAGCAUUGUGUCGCAAGGGUCGCUUAAAAGAAGCUGCCCAUCGCUUCUCUUAUGCCCUUCGCAAGCUACCGACUGGAGAUCAGGGUGAACACACAGCUACCUUCACUCAUCUCCGAUUACACCUAACACUCAAUCUCUCCCGCUGCAAAAGAAAAAUGAAUGAAGUAGAAGAGGCUAUCCAGCUAGCAGAUGCAGCUCUGGCAAUAAAGAAAGACUCCUACGAAGCAUUUUAUGCUCGUGCCCGGGCUAAACGAGAGGCUAAACAUCUGCAGGAGGCUCUUGAGGAUGUGAAUGAAGCUGUAAGGUUGGCUCCACAAACUCGUGAUGUGCGCCGUGUCCUUAUCAAGAUCCGUGAUGAGAUGCAAUCAGAGAUAGAUACCUGUGCCUCCACUGACCUUGCACAACUCCGUCAACUGGCAGCUUCUGUUGACACCCUGUCAGAAGCUGACCUACCCAUGACUUCUAGUAUUCUUUCUGAAUCUGGUUACUCCUCAAACAUCUAGACUAAAUUUUUAGCACAAUGCUCAAUGGCUCCAGUGAAAGUAAGCCAUCAGUUUUGAUUUUCAAGGGUAGAAUUUAUGUAGGCUCGUCAUAAUAUCAGAACUUUGUCAUUUGUGCAUAAUCUUUUUUCAUUUUAAAAAUUACAACAAACUGUUGUCAGUAAUGUAGAUCUUUAUAAGACAAAUAGGAUUGUGUGCACAGUAGUCAACCCAUGUGCAAAUUUAUGAGCCAAGAUGUAUCCAGAAGAGACUUAAUUGUUACCAUUGUUUAUUUGGAAAUGCAGAUUAACCCUAAUAAUUCCAUUUCAAGAAUUCCACUUGAUAUGAGACAUACCCAUAAGAUGGCAUGAGCCUUGAGUUUUCUUUUAAUAUUCUUUCAUGGCAUCCAAUAUCUUUUCCAUUUAUUGUAUCCAGAAUGUGCUUCAGUGUUGCAUGUAAUCUGUUGCAUUUAAUUUCUUUCCAUAGUAUGUAUUUAUUUUGAUACAAACUAUAUAUACUACUUUCAUCUCUCCCCUUCCCAUUCCCCCAAAGGCUCAUGUUAAUGGACGUUAUUUUCCGGAUUGUGACUGUAUAUCCACACUAAUGGUUUGAAAACCAAUUGUGACUUGCCUAUAAAAAGCUCCUAAGUCUCACUUCAACAAGCCUGCUGAGACUUGCCUGAUAUUGACCUCUUGAUUUGGACUCUUGUAAAAAAAAAAAUUCUUUGGAGGCCAGAGCUUUAGCUUUGUUUUUGCAAAUAUUUACCUAAUCUGGCUCUUUCUCUGGCCCCAUUUAUAAAUGUGAUGUGUCUAGCAAGUAUGAUCUUAAUGUAAUACUUUCAUAAGUUUAUCCAUUUUCUUGAGAACUGACAAAAUUAAAAUACGAAAUGUUACACAAGGGCCUGCUUGCUACUGCACAUCGCUGUUAAGGGAAGUGGCUAGACCAGUGUGUAGACCCAUCAGCCCACUAACCAUCAGUAGUAGGUGUGCUCAUUCAUCCCAGUGUUGUUAAGAAGAGUGGCAGAAUGAACUAAAAAAAAAAUUAAUUUUAAAUGCAUGUUAAUUAUUUUAGUCAUUGGUCCUUCUUAUAAUUAAUUCCCUUUAAUUUGGAAGUCCUCCCUCUACUUGACAACAUUGUAUUAUCCUGCAUGCCAAGGUUGUGGCUCUAACAUCCUUGAGAGUACUGUACCAUCUGUCUUAGUCACCAAGUGAAAAACUCAAUGCUUGUGGUAAUUACAAAAUUAAAAAUGAAAUAAAAAGUGUGGUUAUACCUACAUAAGUAUGAAAUUUUGACAACCUGUAUGAGUGUAAUUAGUGUGCAAGUUUUGCUUGAAAGCUUUUUGGAGUAUGAUUGAAGCAUGAAUGUAUUUCCUAUUUACUUGUGGUAUAUUGUGUAUUAGAUAACUUGUGGUAUCUCAGAGAGAGAAAAAAAGCUUCCUCUCUGUGACAUCAUGACUUGAUUCAUAUAGGAAGGAGGCACAACAUAUCAAAUCCAUUAUAUGUAAUAAGUGUUUGCAUCUUAUUUUUGAUUGGUAUUCUUAGAUAUUCACUGUAUUAAACAUCCUUCUUACAUCCAGUUUUAGUUGUGUGUGCAUAUCCACAUGGUCAGUGUUAUGCAUGUUUAAGCUUUAUGUUGUGCCUCUGUCCUGUCUCCCCCUCGGAAUGUUCCUUCAUGAGUACUGUUCAUGAUCUGGCUGAGGAGAAGAGCCAAACUUAUAAUCAGAAACCAGAUGCCAGACUUCUUUACCGACAAUUUGGGGCUUCAGCAGUGGCAUGUCUGGAAAAUCCUGCUUUCUGCUUAAUAUGGCUCUUCUCCUUUGCCUAUAAAAACUACAUCUAAUUGGUUCAUAGAUAUUUUUGAAUUGGCUUUCUGAAUUGGCUUUACAACUUUUACACUGCAAUAGUCAUCUGGAUAUAUAAACUCUGGCAUAACCCCAUUCAAUUAAAAAAUACUGGUAGACCUCUUUAAUUUUCAAAGAGGACUUUUCUGAGUGUAAAGACCAUUCCUAUAUACUGAUAUAUAGGAAACUUUGGUUAGCAAGACUACACAGUUCCUUGUGUAGCAGAACAGAAAAAUGGGGUCAUUAGUUUGGGAUUACUGUGUGGAUUCUAAAUUCUUCAUUGUACAGUAGACAUAAGUUGAAAAGGCAUAGGGAUGGAGAUGUAUAGUAUGAAUGACGCCCAUGGCGGAAGUUGCUAGUCAUUUUACUAGAAUUAAGUAAUGGUGAGGACAGGCAUAUAGUAGAAUAAAGCUUGUAUAAUUACUGUAUAGUGUACAAACACCAAUAGCCAUAUAAUUGACCAUUUUCUAAUCAUUUUAGAAUUUAAGGAUUAAUUUCAAGCAUCUCAUAAUUUAGGUAAAUUUUCCAUUAGUCUCCAAAAUGUAAUUCAGGGGCUAAUUUGUUAUCUAUGAAUCCCUAUGAUACAAUCACUUUCAUUGUCAUUAAAUUUCUAAUAGUACAAUUUGUUAGAAAAAAUCACAACUUUCAUGAUCUUGAUCUCUUUACCAUUCUUCUGAUCACAUUUGCUGCCAAAUUUGUAUAUUAUCAUAUUAUGAAAUGGUCUGCUAUCAAAUAUAUAAAGGUUAAAAUU